ACUGCUGCUUGCAGAUGUUUUGUAUUUCAAGUCGUUGCAGUUCAUGCACACUCAACACUCCCUCCAACAGCUUCACAAUUAACUUUGCAUUCCUGGAGGUACACUUAGUUGCUGUAUCGUUAGUAAGAGCGCACCCACACAGAGUUUAAAAGCCUGCCAGCUCCUCUCCAGUUAGAUGAGACGUGAAACAUCUCCAAGAACCUGAAACAAGCCCAGCUGUCAACGAUACAGCACCUAGAUUUACCAGGACCUGGACGACUGAGACUCUUCAUCAACAUCCCUUCAGGAAACGGACCUGCUGUUGCUCUCUGAUGACAUCUAGGGGUUCAAAAUUUACGGGAGCACUGCAGCACAAUGUGAAAAAGGAGGAGGCUGCAGGUAACCUGUCAGUGGCUAUGUUGCAUCAUGGGUAAUGUAGGCAUCAGGAUUAGAAAGGAGGAAGAAUGUGCUCAAGGUGAUAUCUCUUCUUCUGCUGUAUCGACUUUGAUAGUUUGCUUUUAAUCUGUCUUUAAUGAGUGCAACAGUGUUACAGAACUGAAGCGUUAUUAAUAUAUAUGUCUAAUCAUGACAUGGACAAGGAAAAAUAACUACUGUGACAGUCAACCACCAUAAAUACGAAACAUGAAUUUAUUUCUCUUUAAUUCUCUCAAAAAAAGUUUACAGUGAAAUAAAGUCAAUUUUUACUUUAAUGUGUUCCCCGCAGAAUCUGUCAGUAAACCUAACGUUUUAAAUUACGAGAUUAUCAUUUGGCAUAUGCCUUUGGUGUAACUUUAAAUUGGCUUUUUCACUUUGCUCAUUUUUAAAUAAAUCAUUAUUACAGCCUAAUCACUCCCGAUAAUGUGGAAAGAAAGAAUCUUGAAAUAUCUUGAAGAAAUACGUUGGAACUACUAUACAUCGUGACAUGUGGCGACAUGUGGAAGUCUUCUCAGCAAAGAAACAGCAUCUGAUUUACCGUAAGGAACUACCUAAUUACGUAACGCAUCUGGGCGUUAACAGAGUCGCUCGCACUCUUCCAGCAGAGGAUGAACGGGCGAGUGGAGCGAGGAUGGGACGCGCAUCACUGAUGAUCCUGAUCCUGAUCCUUCACUUUGUCUCUGUGCCGGCAGGCCCACAGGAGAUAACAGUGAGGCCCGGAGAAGACGUCACACUUCCAUGUCAGGCUUCCAGCGGUGUCGUCUCUCUGCUAGUGUGGAGAAGAACUGAACCAAAAACCUUCAAAUACGUGUUCCACUUCAGAGAUGGAAUAUCAAGUGAAAACUUCCAGGAACCCUCUUUCCGAGGUCGAGUGGAGCUGAGAGAUCCCGAGAUGAAGGACGGAGAUGGUUCGGUUAUCCUGAAGAACGUCACCGCCAGCGACUCCGGAACCUAUGAGUGUCGAGUCGCAGAGGAAACCGCAGGACGCAGAAAGAGAGACGCACCCAAACUCAUCAACACCAUUCACCUGGGUGUUAAAGAAUUAGGUCCCACAGCUGGAGUACAGGAUGAUGAAGGAACUGCUGCGCCGGUGGCCAGUGUGACGGUUCUAGUGGUCCUUGCUGCUGGUGGCAUUCUCGUUGCUGCUGCGGCAACUGGUUUGAUCAUUUAUAAAAAAAAAUGCCCAGCUGCCACAGGUCAUGGUUCAUAGAGGAUCCUACCAAUCAGGAUGUUGUCACUGAGGUCUCAAAAUUCUGAAAAGAGACGAUUUGGACAGCCUUCGUGCGGUGUAGUGACGUAUUUGGCCUUCAAAUGCAGCCGUCGAAGGAUGCGGACCCUGAAUUGAGACACAGCAAAUGUGGUAACUGGCCCUCGAGUGUUCAGAGGGGAAGGGAAUUGCUGACAUUAGCUGAAAUUUCCAAUUUUAAUUUAGAGUCUUAUAAGUCAUAUGCUCCCCCUCUGCUGACCAGGACGUGUCACUGCAGCUGAUGCUUGGCCUCCUGCCUUUUCAAGAGGAAGCAGUCUGGUUUUUGGGAAUCUCCCUUAAGAGGGGGUGGGGCACUAGGCUCUGUCUCUUGAUCUCCAUGACACUGACCAGAGACACAAUCCGUCAGCCUGGAGUAUUAAUGCUUGUUUUGUGUUUAUCUGGUGUUAAGGUUGUCUAGACAAGUGGCUUUAUUUCAGGGUUAGCUCCCAGCUCUGAGGGCCCUGGUAGGUCGGUGUGGGUGGCUGUCCUUCCUCUGUUUAUGUUGGAUGGCCCAUCAGUUUAUUUGCUUGUUUGAUUGUUUAGUCCCCCCCCCCCCCUUUGUUUGAUUGCUGUUCAAUUUUAAUAGAUUUAUCUUCCUUUAAACUGUAAUUUGUUUGUCUUGUGUUAGAGCUCCUUUUUAGAGAGGGUCCUAACAGUAUUUAAUGUUUGUAAUUUAAAAGUGUUUUUAAAGGGAGUGAUAAAUAAGUGAACAACAUAUCAACCUCCGACACCAUUGUGUAUUAAUACUAAUCAAAUAAAAACAAUAUAAUUAUAUAUUUGAAACAUGGAAAAGACGAUAUUGGAAAUCAUAGAGAUGUGGUCAGGAACCUUUCAAACAUGUAGUAUUUAUUCUUUUCCUCCAACACUAUGAACUUUGCACAAUCCUGUAAAAAUGCUUGAUCAUGUAAAUGAAAUAUACAUAUUUUAAAAUGUAUUUUCAAAUGUUUAUUUUCUAUGUAUGCUUCUUGACUUGGUUAUAUCCUACUCCCGAUGUUUAUUGCUGUUGACCAAAACAAUGUAUACUCACCAAUAAGCCUGAAUGUGAUUCUUACUGUGUGAUUUGUUUUGUAUCAUGGAUUCCCUGGAAGCUGUAAUUGAUGCUGUGGAUUAUCCUUGAGAAAUGAGGCACAUGUUCAAUAGGAAAUAACCACUAGAUGGUGCUGGAGGAUCAUGCAAGCCAAUUGUGCCUGUGAACAAGCUGCACACUUUGUAUUUUGUUUUAUAAAUAAAUGACAAAGCUUUAUGAAAUCA